CAUAAAUGAUUUAGCUGUAGAUGUUGCUGGAAAAAUAUAUUGCAAUCUUGAACGUAGCAUGGGUGAUGAAAAAUUAGAGAAAGCUCGUCAUUUGUCAUUCAUUCCACACCGGUUUGAAAUCUCAGAGAGAUUCACAGUCUUGGAUAAAUUGAAGCAUUUGAGAACAUUCUUGCCACUCUGUGAUCACUACAAAUUUCAGCAGUAUUUGUCUAAAAAAAUCUUGCAUGAUUUCCUACCAACAUUAAAUCGCUUAAGAGUGCUAUCUCUUCGCCAUUAUUCGAUAAGCGAGCUACCAGAAUCUUUUCAAAAUUUGAAACAUAUUCGGUACAUUGAUUUGUCUUAUACACGUAUCAAAUGUAUACCUGAAUCAGUGGAUUCUUUUCUCUUCUUACAAACACUACUAUUAUGUGGUUGUGGAGAGCUUAGUCAGUUGCCUAUGACAAUUGGGAAUCUAAUUGAUCUCCAUCAUCUUGAUAUCACUGAUACACAAUCUUUAAAAGAGAUGCCAUCAAGAAUAGGCAAUCUUAAAAAUCUUAUAACAUUGUCCAAAUUCAUUGUGGGGAAGGCAAGUGGAAUGAUGAUGAGGAUAUCUGAUUUGAAGAACUUGUCGCAACUUCGAGGAAGACUAUCUAUUCUAGAUUUGCAGAAUGUUUUGGAUGUCCAAGAUGCGAGGGAGGCCAACCUAGACAAGAUCCAUGGUUUGGAAGAGUUAGACUUGGAGUGGACUACUUUUGAUAUUGAUUUGGAUUCUGAUUCUGAUCUGGAGCGGAAUCUGGAGCGGACUACUUCUGAUAAUGAUCGAGAUUCUGAUUCUGAUCUGGAGCGAAAUCUGGAGCGGACUACUUCUGAGAAUGAUCGAGAUUCUGAUUCUGAUCUGGAUUCUGAUUCUGAUCUGGAUUAUGAUUCUGAUCUAGAGCGAAAUCUGGAGCGGACUACUUCUGAUAAUGAUCGAGAUUCUGAUUCUGAUCUGGAGCGGAAUCUGGAGCGGACUACUUCUGAGAAUGAUCGAGAUUCUGAUUCUAAUCUGGAGCGGAAUCUGGAGCGGACUACUUCUGGUAAUGAUCUGCAUUCUGAUUCUGAUCUGGAGCGGAAUAUGGAGUGGACUACUUCUGAUAAUAAUCGACAUGAAUUAGUCCUUAAAAUGGAAGUCCUCAACUCGUUAAAACCUCAUUCAAAUUUGAAAAGUCUCAAAAUUUCUUACUAUGGUGGUGAGAAUUUCCCUCCCUGGGUUUGUGAUCCAUCAUUAUUUUUCAAUUUAUCAUCCAUGGAGCUCCGUGGAUGUAAUAGAUGCACUUUGUUACCAUCUCUUGGCCUACUACCUGUUCUCAAAAAAUUGAUUAUUGAAGGCAUGGAUUCAAUAAAAGCUAUAGGUUCUGAGUUUUAUGGGCAGCAUGGUUCUUUUCCAUCACUGGUUGAACUGGUGUUUAGAAACAUGCUAGAGUGGAGGGAAUGGACUUCUCCAACUGGAAGUGCAGGUGAAUUCCCUUGUCUUCAUAAGCUUGUGAUUGAAAAUUGUCCUAAGUUGUUAGGACAACUACCCAGCAACCUUUCUUCACUUAAAGAGUUAGAUGUUAGAAGCUGCAAUGGGAAGCUUUUGAAGAGUAUGGGAGAUGUCCCCUUUCUUACUUAUUUGAGAAUUGAGCAAAUUUCAGAACUGACUUGCUUGCCUGAGAGUUUUACACAGUCUUGUACAGCACUUGAGACUUUGUAUAUUUUAGGUUGCUUUAACCUUACUUGUUUGUGGGAGGAAGGGACAGAAAUAGAACAAACCCUCUUGCCUUUCAAUCUUAAACAUCUUAGCCUCCAUAGCUGUAUAGCCUUGGAGUCAUUACCCAAUGCAAUGAUGAUCAGGAUGGAUGGAAGCAGUAGCAGCAACACUAGUAUGUUGAUGUCGGGACUAGAAAGGUUGGAAAUUGAUUGUUGUCAUUCUCUCAAGUCGUUUCCAAGAGGCAAAUUACCCACCUCGCUUAAAUACUUGAGAAUAGAUGCUUGUUACGGUCUUGAGUCUUUACCAGAUGCUGAUGGUGACAAUCUAAAUUUGGUAAUAAGGAAUCUUCCAUGUUUGUAUUCUUCUCAGGGUAGUUGUCAUAAGCUAUUAGCUUUUCUCAAGGAAUUUGCAGUUAUUGAUGAUGGCGAGUGGUUGGAAUCAUUUGCAGAGAGAAUGUUGCAAAAUUGUACGGGACUUCAAUCCAUUUCUUUUUCGAAUUGUAAAAUAUUGAAAAGUUUACCCAAUCUUGAUUACGUCAGCAAUCUCGUUGAAUUAUCUAUUUACCACUGUAAAGUUUUAGAGUCCAUACCAGAAGAGUUGUGGUUAUGCACCCCCAAUCUUAAUUCGUUGGUGAUAUACGGGUGUGAGAAUUUCAAAUCCCUCCCAAAUACGAUGUACCAGCUGAAAUUUCUUCAAACCCUAUGGAUGUUUCACUGCCCCAGCAUCGAGUUCAUUCCAGAUGGGGGUUUGCCCCCAAACUUAAUAGAUCUUCAAUUAAUUUGGUGUAAGAAUCUCAAGUGUGUGCCGAAUACAAUGUACCAGCUCACAUCGAUUCAGGAUCUAGUUCUUUCAGAUGAGGCUUUGAUGAUGGGCCUCCAAAACCUUACGUCUCUUCGAUCGUUGACAAUUAUGGAGAAAUUCCCUCUGGAUAUUGUGCUGCCUUCUACUUUAACCUAUCUUCAGAUCGAGAAAGAAGAAAAUUUGGAAUCCAUACCUGGGGGGCUAUUCCAAAACCUAAGCUCCCUUCAAAGCUUAGAAAUAAGAAACUGCCCGAAGCUACGAUCUUUGCCAAAGGAAGCCUUCCCUCCCUCACUUGGACAACUAUACAUCCACGGGUGUCCGCAUCUAAAUCGACAGCGCUUUGAGGCGGGAGGAGACUACUGGACUCUUACUUGGAGCAUUCCCGAUGUUUCGGUAAUUCUGAACUGGAGAUGGAAAGAUCUGCUUUAUGUUUUGUUUUCUUAUGGAUUAGCUUUGCAUCCAUUUGAAAUGUUAAAUGGCAGGCAGGCAGGCAGUUUCUUAAACUGGUUAGGUCGACUAGGCAUAGUUUCACAAUCACGAUUUUUACACGAAAGGCCUGCUACAGUUCACGUGCCCCAUGGCAACUGGUGCACUCUAAAAACAUCGCAUGUCUCUGGCUUGGUGGCUGGUGGGAAGCCCAAUUCUUCUCUAAUAUCAUGUAUGAAGACAUGGAAAUCUACUGUGACGGCCAAAUCCGGUGGUGAGUUUAUUAUAUCUACUCUAGUUUAAGUUUAAGCAAUCUUUCCAGUUCUUUCUUUUUUUUUUCCUUUUUGGGAGAAAUGCAACGAUUGACUGUAAUUGAAGUGUGACACUGUGCUAUUGAUAAACCUCUAUCACAUUGGUUUUUGUUGUAUUCAAUGCAAAAUUAAACUUCUCUGGCAUUAGAUCAACAGCUGAAUAUCUACCAACUUAAUGUGUUCACCACUUAAUUCACUUCCUGGAGGUGCUCUUUUUCUGAACUUCAUUAGGCUGUUGUUUAGUUUCUAUUAUGUUUGUGAUUAUCUCUUGAUCAAUAUUGAUUGGAAUUUAUCUUGGUGUUCGUUUGAUAUAUUGGACUGAAAAUGUUGGCUU